AACGCUAAGACGUGUGGGAAACAUACGAACCACGCCAUGUGGUGGUUUCAUGUCUGUCUAAUGUCUCACAUUUCAAUUCAUACUGAUUAACUACCAUAUGAAAAUGCAAUAACUAUAAAUAGUAUAAAUAAACCAACAAAAGGACCUACUUAAGAGUUUAUUCUUUUCGAAAUGGUAUAAGAAUAUAUUCAUGAUAUGACAAAAUAAUUUGGCUAAGAAAAUUAAGACGGCGACGAGAAUGUAAGACAUAUCUUUAAAAAUAAAGUUCAGAAAUGGAGCCAUGCAGCCACAAAUGUUUUGAUACUACUAGACCGAUAGAGAGUUUCUACUAGAGACCACAACUUGAUUCUUAUGAUGUAAACAUGAGUGGCUACAGUUUUAACCACAUAAUAGUUUUUAUUAAAAUAAAAUGUUGUGUUUCAACCAUCUGAUUUUUAGUGAUUGUGUUUGUGUAUGACAUUUGAGUUGUAAAUAAAAUGUUGUAAUGAAAUAUGAAAUACUUAUCAAUGUGUUCCAAUUCAGGUCCUUGAACCGUGAAUCCUAAUAGCUAUUCAACGGCAGUGAAUUCACCAAUAACAAUGUUGAAAAGCGUUUACUAUCAUUCAUCCGCUUCUGACAAAGUAGAGACAAGUUCUUAUUGUUAGCCACAAGGGCGACAUGUCGAGUAUUUACUUUAGCUCAUGGCUUUAUAUGUUGCUAUCAAAGACAACACCGAGACUUGUGUUCCUAACAAACGGUAUAUGCAUCAACGGGUUACGGUUCUAUGGGACCAAAUACGGAUAGAGGAGCUAUGCCAAAAAGAGUUUUUUUUAAAAAAAAUCUGAUAGAAUUUCUCGUUGAUAAGAAAUACAUAUAAAGAAAUCUGACAAAAAGGGAAAAUUUUAAAAGUGCCCACACGCAGGAUCGAACUACGGACCUUCAGUUUACAAGACUGACGCUCUACCACUGAGCUAUACGGGCAUUUUAUACAAUGUUUUACUUAAAAUUAUAAAUUCGGUUCAAAGAACCAAUUGUUUAUUUUUUGCUAAAAUUUGGUGAAAGAACCAAUAGUUCCACAGGCAAUCAAUAAAUGUGAAAUCCGUUCGAUAAUCUGGAACCAGAGUGCACGAUAAUGAUUUAGCCUAUAAUGAACCAUGUCUCAGUAUCUAACAAGGAAGUCUUUGACAAACCAUUAUGUUUUAGCCUAUAAAAGUCAAUGCACGAUAAGUAUCUACCUUCCUAGAGUAAUGAGAGAUUCGUGAGCCUCAUACUAAGUAAGUAGUACCAUGUUCUGUAAAUGCUCAAAUGACAAUUUUGCUUCAGUUGUAGCAGGUCUCUUAAUAAUCAACCGUUGGUCCAUGUCGGAGAACUCCAAGGAAACAAGAUAUGCGAACCCUUCAUGAGAUCUGUAAAGAAGUGUUAAUAUGGAGAAAGAUGAUAAUACUAAGAGAGACAUUUGUUAGUAGACUUUAUCAUAACACAGAUGGACGAAAAACACACUGAACUAUGGACUUAUAAGAUUGCAUAGUUGAAAAACCGGGUCAUUGUCUCCAGCUAACAGUGAAUCAUUUACAGAAUGGCCAAGUCUGUCCAUCGUUACACACAAAGUCAAUUUUAGUUCCUGUCCGUCAUCGCACACAAAACCACUUUAAGUUACUCCAAUAACCGCAAAGUAUGCAGAAGUGCAGAACAUGGAAUGAAUGGCAUCUUAGUUUUUCUCCCCCAGGUAUAAAAAUAAACAUAAGCGAAUAUAUCCAUCACCAUGCAGUAAAGCUCUCUCUUGCACUAAACACUAGUCUAUGCAACUAACGAAAGAUAAGACAUGAGUUUGCAAAUUAAAUCGAUAAUUCUAAAUUCUAAAUGUUUUUAUACAAUACAAAAUAAUUUUAUUACGUGAGCUUUGAAUGUAAUAUUUCGGGCAUAUCAAAUUUUACUAUUUACUAUGUAAAUUCUUUUUUAUUUUUUAAAAAAAAUUAUGUAAGUACUUAAAAAUAGAAAAUCAACUUAAAAUUUAUACUUAAAGAAAAAUAGACAUUCAAGCGUUAGCUGAUCCAUAUAAUACCAAGACAGAAAAUUGACUAAUCAACCGAUUACGUAAAAAACAUUUUUUUUUAAAACGUAGCAUGCAUGUGCGGUGAUAAAAAAAAUUUGGUUGAACAUUUUGAUAAUUUGAAAUCUGAAAAGUGUGCUGUGGUGUGUAAUUUGAUAAUUUAUAAAUAUGAAUUUUCAUUUUUUACGAUGACAAUCUUUUUCCUCUUUUUGUUCGUUUUAUAAUCCCUUUUAAAGAUAUAAAUAUCUUCGUCUUUUUAAAAGAAAAUAUCUUAUAUUAAAAAGGUGCUUUUGUAAAUGAGAAUUUAUAAAUAUGACUACUUUUCCUUUCUUAAUAUAUUACAAUUUUUUCCUUCCUUUUUUUGUUCUUUUCCAUAAUCUGUCUUUAGAUUUAGCCCCAGUAGUUUGAACGUAAAAGAAAAAAAUAACAAACUUAAAAAGAAACCCUAGUACGGGUGGUAGAGGACUUGUGUCUGAAAUUUGUUAACCUUUAGAGAAGAUGAGUGGGAAGAACGAUGCGGCGAAGACAGGCAAAAUAGCGGUGUGGUGGGACAUGAAGGACUGUCCGGUUCCAGAGGGUAUUGAUGAUCAUCGUGUCCGUCCGAGUAUAGAAGGUGCCUUCAAGGAACAAGGCUACUCUGGUCCUGUCUCCAUCACAGCCUAUGGCGACCAAAAACAAACCCCUGAACACGUGCUACGAGCUCUAUCUUCCACUGGAGUCGCGGUGGUACAUAUCGGAUCUGGUUAGUCCAAUUAGUUGUUAUAUCAUAAAUAUAAAAAAUGUUAUAGUUAGAUCUUGUGUAUCUAUAGUGAGUAUGUUUCCUUUGUAAUGAAACAGAAAGCACGUGCGCAGUCAUGUACCUUGAUAUGGUGAAAUGGCGAGAGGAUAAUCCUCCUCCGGCUACAAUGAUGAUCAUAACCAAUCAGAUGCUAGAUGUCUUCAACUGGGAUCUGGCCCGGCUACAACAACGCACGAGUUACAACAUUUUUCUGGCUUAUUCAAUUAGGCCUGUCGCAGCAUUGUUCGUGUACACUCGCAAAGAGUGGCUCUGGGAAAAAUUACUACAUGGGACGACGUCGACAAGCGUAGACACGGCGGGUGAAUUAUCUACCGUGUUUCAUUGCGAAUUUUGCUCUUUGGAUUGCCAAAGCGUGAAGAGUUUCAAAAAGCAUCUCUCCACUAAAAAGCAUGCAAUAGAAGAGGUGUUAAACCCUCAGCCUACACAACUUAUAUCUGUAACGAAGAGGUGGGGGAAGAACUAUGCUGCGACGCCUGAAUAUGCGACAGCUAAAAUCCAUGUGAGUUGGGACAUGUCUGAGUGUCCUAUUCCCGACGGUUAUGAUGCUCGUCGGGUCCGUCCCAGUUUGGAAGGAGCUUUCAAGGAACUAGGCUACUCUGGUCCUGUCUCCAUCACUGCCUUUGGUGACCAUAAACAAACCCCUGAACGCCACCUUCAUGCCCUCUCUUCCACUGGAAUCGAUGUUGCACAUGCCCUUCCGGGUUAGUCCAUUUGGAAUUUAAAAAAAUAAAAAUAAAUUAGCAACUAUCCCUUGCAUGCAAUUUACCUUUUGUUUUGUUGAAACAACAGAAUUCAUAUACAGUCGCAUGUUUGAUGAUUUGAAGCAAUGGCGAGAUAACAAUCCUACUCCGACUACAAUGAUGAUCAUAUCGGAUGGGGCUGAAAUUUUGUUAGGAGGUUGUCUUGCCAGGCUAAAACAACUAAAGAAAUACAACCUGUUUUGGGCUUAUUCUUUUAGGCCUUGGAAAAUGUCAGUCAUGCUCACUUCUGCCGAGUGGCUCUGGGAUAGCUUACUUGCAGUGGAAGUAGUGAAAGCGUUGUUGAGUCUACCGGAAUGUUUUAUUGCAAAAUGUGCUUCUCUAAGCGCAAACGCCUGGAUAAAUUCGUGAAGCAUCUCUCGAGUAAAAAACAUAUCUCCGAAGUAAGCAUCCUCUCUCUCUCUCUCUCUCUCUCUUUGUGAUCUAUACAUUUUUGUCUAACCAUUUUAGCAAGCAGGAGGAGGGUAUUACUGAGCAUGUUGAAGCUUCCGAGAAGCGGCGACUGUACUGUCUAAAGGCAAGUUUUUUUUUCCUCAAUGAUUAAUUUAAUAAGAUUUUACCAGAAAGACAAAAUUGUAUGCAUGCCAUUUCUCACAACUCUGUGUUUUUUUUUCAUAUUGUAGAAAGAAUGUUUUCCAGAGAGCAAGCGGUUGAGGAAAGCUGCCUAGUCGAGGUCGAAAAGUUGUGACUCAAGUGAUCAGAGUCUAAUCCUAUCCUAUCUUUAUUUUUCGUUUCCUAGUCUAUGUUUCGUUUUGAAGUAUUUAAAACAAUGGCUAUAUAUAUAUAUUGUAGCAAUGGAUCUUGAUAGCUGCGUCUAGACUCCAGAACUAGGCCCAAAAUGUAUUUUUGGUACUCUUAAGAGUUUCUGUCUUUUUUUGGAUCUCUGUUUCUAACUUUGUUCACUUCCCAAA